AUGAAGAAUCAUGAAUCCAAUUUAAAUAUAAAAAGAGAUAAAGCCAACAAAUGCAAAAAAAGAAAGCCAGCAAAAGCAAAGAGAGGAAAGCCAGCAAAAGCAAAGAGAGGAACUAAUAAAUGCAAAGAAGAUAAAGACAACAAAUUUGAAAAG